AUGUCAUCAAUUACCCACGCGAUCAGAUCCGACUUCACCGCACUCUUCACCAAUUCCAGCAGUAUGGAUGGCGACACUACUUCUCCCAUUCGUCGUGAUUUCUCGUUCCAGUGCGAUCGCGAGCAGGCUUCGCCUAUCUCUGCCAUCAUGAACUACACCCCGCCUACCUCUCCUCGCUGUCAAUCGCCUGUCGCCGCCACCCGCAAGCCGACGUCCGCUGGUGAUAGCGAACACUCCGAAGCCGAAGCGGAUGCUGUCUCGGCGUUGCAGAUGAUGAUGUUGUUGCGUACCCCGCCGAAGGAGAAAACCGAUUCGCAGUUCUUCCCUACCGAUGGCGAUCACUCCGACUGCGAGUCUCAUUCCGGUUCCUCCGAAUCUGAGUACGACAUCGAAGAAGACGAAGACGACCGCGAAGACCCUCAAAUCGUUGAACGUCGUCUCUCCGCUACCUUGCGCAAACGACUCUACGGCUCCUCCACUGCCCCCUCCGACGACGAAGACGAAGACGAAGCAUACAACGUCCCGAAACGCCGUAUCUCCUACGCACACGCAUACCCGGACACAGCCCCCGACAUUGCCUCCUGGCGCGAUCGUUUACGCCGUCAACAACCCUCUGUCAAGUCUGUCACUGUGCCUCGUCCAGUCCCGAUCAAGAUUGUUUCGGGGAUGAAUGCGCGUGUCGAGAGAGAGAGAGCAAUUGCUCUUACGACGCCAGUUGUGACGAAGAAGCAAGGGCCGAUGUCGUACCCGAUGACUCCUGCUCCUUCCCACGAGGCCGAGCCUGUCGUUUCUUCGAGCCGUAUGCGCCGCACGUCCUCAUCCUCUUCCACCACAUCCCCAACCACCCCUCACCACCGCUCCUCCAUCACAACCACUACCGCCUCUACCUUCACCAGCAACCGCACCUGCGCCGCCUGCCGCGCUUCUCAAACACCCUGCUGGCGCCCCGGCUUCACCCCCGGCACCUGGCUCUGCAACUCCUGCGGUCUCCGCUACAAGAAAACCGGAGUGCGUUGCGUGAAUGAGGACUGCUGUUAUUUACCCGUUAGGACGGAGUGGAGGGAGAUGAAGUUGGGGAGUGCUGGGGGAAAGGGGGGGAUGAGGUGCUUGCAGUGUGGGGGUGAGGUGAAGGUUAGGGGUGGAUGA